GACAGUGAAUCAAAUCAAUUAUAUCAAAAGUUCCAAAUCUUUUAUAAAUACACACCAAAAGACGUUUCUCGGCCAUUUUCCUUAUGUUCUCGAAACUUUUUUGGCGGGAAAAUCUUCGUAGCUCGUUGAUCAAAUACGUGUAUACAUAGAUCGAUUUUAUUUUUUUUUGGUUGCAGAUUGAUCGUUGAUCAGCUUAAAAAUGUCCACUAUGAAAGUUUGCGUGCUAUUCAGACCUCUGAAUUCGAAGGAACUAUCUGAGUUAGGCGAUGCUGUCUCUGUUCAAGGAAUUAACUCCGAGUCCUUCAUAAUCAAGGAUGAAAAGGAACAGGAAUUUGAUUUUACCUUCGACAGAGUUUUCUAUCAAGGAUCUGAACAAGCUGAUAUAUAUGAAUUUCUAGCUCUGCCUAUAGUCCAAGGUGCCCUAGAUGCAAUAAACGGUACGAUUAUCACUUAUGGACAGACAGGAGCAGGAAAGACAUAUAGCAUGGAGGGACCAAGCAUUGUAGAUUGUGCAAGCAAGAAAGAAGGACUAUUACAGAGAGUCGUGGAUGGGCUUUUUGAGGCCAUAAUGAAUUCAGAGAAACCAAGCAAAUACACAAUCAAAUUAUCGAUGGUAGAGAUCUACAUGGAGAAAGUAAGGGAUCUCUUUGAUCUAUCGAAGGACAAUAUACAGAUAAAAGAGAGUAAAGUACAUGGAAUAAUUCUAAAUGGAGCAACAGAAGUAGGUAUAUCCAACUCCGCAGAAGCAUUACAAAGCUUAUCUAGUGGGAUAGCUAAUAGAGCAGUCGGAGAAACACAAAUGAAUAUGUCGAGCAGCAGAAGCCAUUGCCUCUACAUAUUUACUGUCCACCAAGAUCUGACAAAUGAUAAAAGGACCAAAUUUGGAAAGCUGAUACUCGUAGACUUGGCGGGGUCAGAAAAAGUUGAGAAGACUGGAGCUGAAGGUAAAAUUCUUGAAGAAGCAAAGACCAUCAAUCAGUCCCUCACAGCACUUGGGAAAGUGAUAAAUGCUAUGACUAGCAGCACUCCAGGAAAACCAACUCAUAUUCCUUAUCGCGAUUCUAAGCUCACUCGGAUCCUACAAGAUGCUCUUGGUGGAUGCUCUCAGACUGCAUUACUUUGCUGUUGCUCUCCAAGCCCUUCCAAUUCUUCAGAGAGUCUCUCCACCCUGCGAUUUGGUGCUAGAGCGAAGCAUAUAAAGGCAUCAGUACAUGUUAGUUGCAAGGAAGAUCUAGACAGUACCAAGAAUGCGACUUUCCAUACCCAUGUAGAUGAGUCCAGGGAGAGGAUAUUGGCCAAGCUGAGAGAGAGAAUGACUGCCGAAGAUGUUCAAUUGCUUGAGAAAUUAUUUGUACUGGAGGGACUUUUCUUUGAUCCCAAUUCAGUUGACAAGAUAGAAGCUGCAUAUGAAGAUGUAACAUCAAGGACAAUCUCAUCAUUGCAUAAAGCCGUGGAAGAGCUGAGUACAGGUGUAGAGAAGAUGAAGAGGGAGAAUGCCGCCCUUAAGGCCAGCUUGAAAGUUUCUGAAGAGUUUUAUCAACAUCAACUCGAAAGAAAGCCGCUCUGCUUGAUUCUCUGAUUGUAAUAAUGGACCUUCAUUUUUAAAGACUGGGUUUAAAACAUGAAUAUUAAAUUCGAUAUUAGGUCACUUACCAUCUGAUGCUUUUGUGAAUCAAUCAUAAAAGAUACUAGUAGGUUUUUUGUCUUUUUGUUGACUUAGCAAUCAAUCAUAUUAUCUUCCCACACGCAGGGGAACUCAUUUUUUGAAGUAUCAAAUAGCACAAAAUUAAUUGGUUUAAACUAGUUUUGCAAAAAUUCUUUUCCAAAAAUUUGAACCGACGCAUUGAUGCACUUUCAUUUUUUGAACAUGUAUAGGAAGCCUUAAAAGUUUGCAAUUCGUGGAAGCAAGUUCCCAUUUUGCUUGCAGGAAGGACUGAAGUUUUUUGGCCCCAUUUGCCUUUGCCUUCUGAGAUUUCUAAUUUUCACAGUACUCAAAAAAAACAUUCAAGCAACAUUUUCUCUAAGUCAAAAAUGCCCUUUGUUCUCUUUUGUGUCAUUGACUCAGAGAUUAAUGGUGCAACUUUUAAAGGUAUUAGAAUUACCGCUGUUCAAAGCAUAAUAAUCAUUAGAUUUUUGUGUUAAAUGUAUUCUUUUCCCGAUUUAACCAUCCGUACCCCCACAUCCAUUGGUUCGACUAAUACGGAAUCGUCGGCUAAUCUAGUAAAGGGAUUAACAACGAAGAAUUGCAAUCAU